AUGGCUGUUCUUUUUUUAUGCAACUCGGAGCUUGGUCAGGCGCAGAUUGUGUUAGGUGUAGCAGCUAACCUUAUCAAGGAAGAAAAGCUACAAGUCCACAUCGCGUCCUUUCCUGCUCUGAGAUCACGAAUCUCCCAGAUAAACGGAAUUUUCGGUCGAUCCAAUCCUAUUCGAUUCCACGCCCUUAGUGGGCCUUCAAUGACCCAGGGUUAUUUCGAGAACUUCGAUGAAGUGUCAGACAUGUGUCAUCCAUGUGGCAUCCAGGGCGCCGCUCAUAGCUAUACGUUGUUCCCAAAGAUUGUUGCCACCUACAACAAUGACCAGUAUAGACUGGUAAUUGAGGCCUGCCGCAACUGCAUUCUAGAGACUUGUCCCGCCCUGAUUGUUGUUGACGCACAAUUCUGGGCAGGGCUGGACGUAUGCAGAAAUGGAUCCACGCCCUAUUUUGUCAUAACCCCAUCGGGACUUUGGGGCGUUAUCGCAGGAAUACAGCCCCAUGGUGCCAUAAUGUGGAAGUAUCCUGUUAUUGGCUCGGGGUUUCCGUUCCCCAUACCACUUUCCCUCAUACCGGCGAAUAUAUACUUGACAAUCAGGCUUCUGCUUGCGCUCUACUUUUCCUCGACGCUCUCCGCCUUGUUAUUGACCCGCCGGAGUCUACAUCUAGAGGGGCAGUUCCCAAUGUUCGAGACAUACCGAAAAGAUGAGCAUUACAUACUACCGGGCCAGCCUGCAACAGAUUUCCACUACGAACAUAUACCGGAUAACCUGACUUGCUGUGGUCCCUUGACGAUCCCUUACCCCCAGCUUCAGGAGCAAGACCCUCAACUGGAUUCUUGGCUGCUUCAAAGACGCACGGUAUUAGUGAAUCUUGGCAGUCAUAUCAAGCUGAGUGUGCAAAACGCUAUUCAUCUUGCAAAAGCGCUCCAAGUGACCCUGGAGCGCCACUCCGAUGCCCAGGUGUUGUGGAAGCUCAACUGCACGGCGGAAGGAUUGUCAGAAGCGAGGUCUACUUUACAGAACGAAAUAAACCAAGACAGAGCGCGCAUAAGCGCGUGGCUAGAGGUGGAUCCAACGGCAAUCAUGAAGUCAGGCCAAUUGGGUUGCGUAGUGCAUCAUGCUGGUGCCAACACCUUCUACGAGGCGCUUGGUUGCAGCGGCGCUCCACAAAUCGCCCUUCCCAUGUGGCUGGACACCUACAACAUUGCAACUCACAUGGAGUAUCUUGACGUAGGGAUUUGGGCUAACAAGAAUGCGGCCCCAAACAUUGAUAGGGAUGAGCUCAGUCGCUGUCUCCUCACUGUCAUGGGCGACAGCAAGCGGUCAUUGGUGUUGCGAAGCCGAGCGCGGGAGAUGCAGGAAGCAUGUGCUGCUGGCGGAGGCUCGGAGCGGGCUGCAACCAAGAUCCUGAAUUUCUUACGAUUGGCUUCAAAGUUUUGA